AUGACUAGCGAAAUCGACGAGUCCGAGCGUCCUCAAACGCUCAGGGUUGGCCUCAAGACGUCGGCGUUCUACGGCGCAAGCCCGAAAGGCAGCCCCAUCGUCGAAAAGGUCAAGCGGAGGGUGUCUAAACUCCAGAAACCGCCCUGCCUCGUCCAGUUCAGGGGGGGCCUCUUGGGGCCGACGGUCGUCUGGAAGGUCUUUCCAGUCCAGUCGCAAGCUCUGUCCUUUGUACGCAAGAUGCCCGAAGACGUACGCGUCUUCUCGUUCGAGCUCAGGGACCGAGACGCGAGCGGCAAGCGCGGUUUUCUCGUCACCCACCCGCUCCACCUCUGGAAGGUGCUCCAGAUGCGAAGGCCCUCCGACCGCUGCAUGUACGAGGUCAUCGCUGAGGACGCUCCCUGCAAGCUCUACUUCGACCUCGAGUUUGAGACAGAACCGAACCCAAGCAGAGACGGCGCCGCAAUGGUGAGGGAACUAAUCCGUGUCGUCUGCCGCGAGUGGAAGGUGGUCUUCGGCAGCGACUGCCGACCCAAGGACGUGCUCUGGCUGGACUCGAGCACAGAAAAGAAGUUCAGCAGCCACCUCAUCUUCCAACGAACACGGCUCUUCUGCAAUAAUCGAGAGGCAGGGGCCUUCGUUCGGCUCGUUUGCGGAAAGAUGAGAAGCGGCGCUUGUCUCAAAGCGCCACAGUCCCACGAAAGUCCGUUUGUGACAAGCCGGCACGGAGGGGCGGCGCUUUUCGUCGACGAAGGGGUGUACACAAGGAACCGCAACUUCAGGCUGUUCCAGUGCACCAAGCUGAGGAAGAACACACCGUUGGUCGUCUCCGAGAACGACGAGUAUGUCCGGUCGUUGGGCGCCGACUGCGAAGAACAGGAUGUCUUCUUGGACAGCCUCGUGACGUGGUGUGUUGGAACGGACGAACCGGAUCAGCUGCUUCAGUUCACGAGACCGCAGGACGACACUCGUUGGGAUUCAGGCACAAAGGCUCAAGAGAUACCGCUCAGAAGCAUGAGCUCGCCGUAUCCGGAGCUGGAUGACUUUGUGAAAGGUCUGGUGGUGCCCCGCGGAUCGAUUCGCCACGUCACCUUCUUUCCCGACACAGACACCUUGGUCUACGACUUGGCGGGGUACCGUUUCUGCGAGAACAUUGGUAGGGAGCAUCGCAGCAACGGCGUCAUGUUUGUGGCAGACGUCCAGGCGGGAACAUACUAUCAAAAGUGUUACGAUCCGGACUGUCGCGCCAUUUCGUUCCGUUCGACGCCGCGCCCGAUUCCGGAACGUUGCCUACCGUCGUACUGGCUCAACAUGGUACCCGAUGAACUGCUCCGUGGCGACGCAGCAUCAUAACUUUCAUCUCAAUUGUUCUAUACUUCAUUUCGCCUUCAGUCCGGAUGACACCGACACUACAAGCUGGUGGGACCUAUCAUACAACGUCAUAACUGCACCAACGUGGUGUUCACUAUGUUUCUAUGUGUGCUAUCAUCGCUGAACCAUUCUUAUACAGGGAAGGCCCAAUUACUUAUGCCUUUGACACUGUUUGAUUGGUCCCACUAGCUGGUAGCGUCGGCUACGUCCGGAUUCAAGCUGAAAGGAAGUAUACUUGGUGGAAACAUUCAUACCAGUGUUUGAGAUUGGACUGUCUUUGAAUGUUGGACUUACCUGGGGUGUUUGAAGGCGCGCUGCAGUUGUAACGUCAUGAGGUUGGCUGUGCAAAUCGACGGUGUCUGUGUUGUAAGAUUUAUUCCAUUUAACAGCCGACACGUUAUAAUUCGUACAGUAAAAUACCAUCAAACUACGUUUGCCAACAUCAAAA